AUGAUGUCUCUCGUCCUCACCAUCUUCCUCGUGAACCUGGCAAUCUAUCUGGUCAACACAAUCGGCGCAACCACAAUCGACAACCUGAUAUGGCUCCUCUACCUCAAACUCCCAACCUCAACCGCCCGCAAGGGCCGCGACCUGCAAACCAAAAAGCGCGAGGUCCUCCAACUCAAGCGCGAGAUGAACAACACCAGCUCACAGGACGAGUUCGCCAAGUGGGCUAAGCUGCGGAGACGGCACGACAAGAGCUUGGAGGAGUACGAGGCGAUGAACAAAUCCCUCUCAUCCCACAAAACUUCCUUCGACUGGACCGUCAAGACCGCGCGCUGGCUAAGCACAAACGGGCUCAAGCUUUUCCUGCAGUUCUGGCACUCCAAGAAACCUGUCUUUGCCCUUCCGGAGGCUUGGUUCCCGUAUUACGUGGAGUGGGUGCUGUCCUUCCCUCGUGCACCGCUGGGGUCGGUCAGUGUCCAGGUUUGGAGCAAUGUGUGCGCGGCGGCGAUUGCGGCCGUGGCGGAUAUAGUGGGAUCGGUGAUGGUGAAUAUGGCUCAGCAGCGCAGGGCUGUACCGGUGGCUGGGUCUGGAGCUGGAGCCGAUGUGAAGAAGACGGAGUGA